CGAAAAUGUCCAUCUGUUUCAUUGUGAAACACAUGUCCUUUUUAUUAAACAAACUUGUGUUGAUCUCAAAUCGAAGCUCUACUUUACUAAGUGAAGUUGUUAAAAUAAAUAAUGCUCACAUUUAAGAGAAACUGGCAAGAACGAUGUUCCAAGACAAUCUAUGGUUCCACCCAACGGGUUAAAGCAGCAUCAAAAGUUUUGAUUUUGAUUUACCACUGUCCUUCCUGCUGUCCGUUUUGAUUUGUCGCAGAUCUUGUGAAACUGAAAGAGGAUUUAACAAAAAAAAAAAAAAAAAGAAAUAGAGGAAGGGUGAGAGAGGGAGAGAGAGAGAGACAGAAGAAAAAAGUGGAAAGUAAAAAAGAGAUAUGAAAAUUAAGAAAUAAGAUCGAAAACGGAUUUAUGAAAUAAAAAUAACGAUAAGAGUAACGAAACCAAAAAAAAAAAAAAAUUUCUCAGGGCGAUAAAAAAAUUAUGCAACCGAGAUACUGACUGAUUGAUAAACAAAUAAAAGAAAAGUAGUUUUAAAACAAAUAAGAGUUAAAAGAAAAAAAGUAAAAGUCUUUCGAUAGCAAUUUAUCAUUUAUUUUUUACAAUAACUAAAAUAAUUGCUGUUGAAUAUCUUAUCGUCUGCUUUAGUGAUUUCACUUCUGCACCGGUACGAUUAAAUGGCGUUACACCAUAUGGAGAAGAAAAACGGAGACGAAGGCGAGCAAAACAUGCAACAGCUUUUUUGGGCAUGUGAUUUAGAUGGUUCCGGAUAUAUUGACCAGUCUGAAUUAGCGACAGUAUGUACUGACUUGUCAACGGAUGAGCUAAAUAAUGUAUUCGAAGAAUUGGAUACUGACGGAGACGGACGCAUUAGUGUUGACGAAUUUGCUCACGGUUUCAAAGAAAUCAGUAGUUCUCUACUUCAAAAAUCCCGUGAAAGGCGUCGCAAGAGCCUUGCGGAUCUAAUGGACGAAGAAGAUAUUUUCAAAGAGAGUUCCUGUAAUGAAUUCGUUGGUACCUUAGAAGAAGGGUUUAAAUGCCUGUCUUGCCAAGACAAAGUGUGUGACCUAUACGAGAUAUUACACAGAACUGGAAACACAGACGCUGUUGGGAAACUAGAAGCUGUUAUUAUCAACGUUAUCAACGACAUUAGAACUUACAAAAGAGAUGCAGAAAGACUUGAAAAAUUAUUCCAGAAAGAGAAAGACAGUUUUGCUGGACUCACAGAUCAGUUGGAGGAGGAAUUGGAAAUUCAGAUGCAAAAAGUAGAAGAACGUGUACGCUAUGAUGAACAGCAAAAAAAUGAAUUAGAAAAAAUAGAGUUGAGGAAAAGUUUGGAAAAUGAAAUGUACCAACUGAAAGAAACCAUCACACACCUUGAAAUUGAAAGCAAUUCGAAGAAAGAACGGACGAAUGAAGAUAUGAUGGCUGUGCUUCGAGAGAAAAUUGAGGAAAUUUCUCAAGAAAACCGACAGUUACGACGUAAUGAGACAGAUUCCCAAACAAAAUUAGCUUUGCAGCGGAGUGAAUUGGCCUCUUUACGGCAGCAGCAUGAAGAUAAAUGCCAUGAAUUAGAAAUAGAGAAACGUGAGAUGAUGGAUUUCAUAAAAGAACAAGACAACCUUACACGACAGCUACAUCUACUUCAUGAAGCAAAUAAGAAACUCCAUGAUACGAACGAUGAUCUGAGAGAAGCUUUAGAUAUGAACCGGCAACAAACGGCACAUAAACGUAGCUAUUCAUCUGGGGCACCCAUUAUUACGAGUAAUUUAAAUAAACCAUUUACAGAUGGUUUACUGGACAGUCCACUGGUUGGACAACCAGCCCAUGCAGCAGCCUCGCUGGCCGAGGAGGUGGUCAUGGCCGAAGCACUAGUACAACGUAAAAAUAGCCCCAAUAUGCUCAGAAUUAUUCGUAAAGGUAGCUAUGAAGAAGACAGUAUCGCUGAAGAUGUAGACAGCGGCCAUUCUACCAUUCGUGAUGCAGGUGAUAUGGACACGGAAUCCGAGUACACGAGUACAGGAGAUGAUUUUCUUAAAGGACGGCGGCACAAACGAUUUCGACCGGCAUUUGAGGAACAAGAUUCCCAUGAUGAAAUUGAAACAGAAACAGAAGUUCCGACAGAUGACCAAGAUGCAGAUUUAUUCAAAGCCACAGCUCACAGAUGUCCAGCAUCUGUUGGCAGCCGCGGUUCUAAUCGUAGUUUACGUGAUUCGGGCAAUGACCUAACUUGUAACCAGCUACCAAACCGUAUUUCACGGAGAGGACCUAGUAUUCAACAAGAGCUAGCUAAUCAGAAGGCUAUGAAAGAGCCAGAACGUAUGUACAAAGUGGUUUUGGCUGGCGACGCUGCAGUUGGAAAAACAAGCUUCAUCAUGAGAUUAUGUAAAGGCAAAUUUGUAACAAAUUUAAGUUCGACACUUGGAGUUGACUUUCAAACAAAGACCCUUUCUGUAGAUGGUCACACAAUAGCAUUGCAAUUAUGGGACACUGCAGGCCAAGAAAGGUUCCG